AUGUCCGAUAGUCUGGAUAUUGAAGAGAAACCUCCAGCCCCACCGUUGAGAAUGAACAGCAACAAUCGUGAUUCUUCAGCACUAAACCACAGCUCAAAACCACUUCCCAUGGCCCCUGAGGAGAAAAACAAGAAAGCCAGGCUCCGCUCCAUCUUUCCUGGAGGAGGGGAUAAAACCAACAAGAAGAAAGAGAAAGAACGUCCUGAGAUCUCUCUUCCUUCAGACUUUGAACACACCAUCCAUGUGGGAUUUGAUGCCGUCACCGGAGAAUUCACACCAGAUCUCUAUGGCUCACAGAUGUGCCCAGGGAAGCUCCCAGAGGGCAUUCCAGAGCAGUGGGCUAGGCUACUACAGACCUCCAACAUAACAAAAUUGGAGCAGAAGAAGAACCCACAAGCAGUUCUAGAUGUUCUCAAAUUUUACGAUUCCAAAGAAACAGUUAACAACCAGAAAUAUAUGAGCUUUACGUCAGGAGAUAAAAGCGCCCAUGGAUACAUUGAAGCCCAUCCUUCGAGCACAAAAACAGCAUCAGAACCUCCUCUGGCUCCAUCUGUGUCUGAAGAAGAGGAUGAGGACGAUGAAGAGGAGGAAGAUGACAAUGAACCUCCACCUGUUAUUGCACCACGGCCUGAGCACACAAAAUCAAUCUACACACGCUCUGUAAUUGAACCUGCCGCUGCACCAGCACCAGCUAAGGAAGCCACCACACCCCAGCCUGAAAACUCAAACACAAACACUCUGUACAGAAACACAGACCGGCAGCGAAAAAAGUCCAAGAUGACAGAUGAGGAGAUCCUAGAGAAACUGAGGAGCAUUGUGAGCGUGGGAGAUCCUAAGAAGAAAUACACUCGAUUUGAAAAAAUUGGCCAAGGGGCUUCAGGAACCGUUUAUACAGCAAUUGACAUUGCCACAGGACAGGAGGUGGCCAUAAAGCAAAUGAAUCUCCAGCAGCAGCCCAAAAAGGAACUAAUUAUCAAUGAAAUCCUGGUCAUGAGGGAAAAUAAGAAUCCCAAUAUUGUUAACUAUUUAGACAGCUACCUUGUUGGUGAUGAACUGUGGGUGGUUAUGGAGUACUUGGCUGGAGGCUCUUUAACCGACGUUGUGACCGAGACUUGCAUGGAUGAAGGACAGAUAGCUGCUGUCUGUCGCGAGUGCCUGCAAGCACUGGAUUUUCUCCAUUCUAACCAAGUAAUUCAUAGAGACAUCAAAAGUGACAAUAUUCUGCUUGGGAUGGAUGGAUCUGUCAAAUUGACUGAUUUUGGCUUCUGUGCUCAGAUCACCCCUGAGCAGAGUAAACGGAGCACAAUGGUGGGAACUCCAUACUGGAUGGCACCAGAAGUUGUAACAAGAAAAGCAUAUGGUCCCAAGGUAGACAUUUGGUCCCUUGGGAUCAUGGCAAUAGAAAUGGUGGAAGGAGAGCCUCCUUACCUUAAUGAAAAUCCUCUCAGGGCGCUGUAUCUGAUAGCUACAAAUGGGACACCAGAGCUGCAGAACCCUGAGCGACUGUCUGCUGUGUUUCGAGACUUUCUCAACUGCUGCCUGGAGAUGGAUGUGGACAGGCGAGGGUCUGCCAAGGAGCUUCUGCAGCAUCCAUUUUUAAAAUUAGCCAAGCCACUCUCCAGCCUCACUCCUCUGAUUAUUGCAGCGAAGGAAGCAAUUAAGAACAGCAGCCGCUAGGACUUCGGGUCGGCUUUGUGCCCUGCCAGCUCAGAGCAGAACUGAGAACACAGACUCUAUAAAACCUCAACUCUCGUGCUGCGGGACAGAUGGAUGGAUGAACAAACCAACAGUCACAGUCAUGGUAGUAGGACCACCCCAGUUCCUCAAGGAGUAAAAAGUUA